GCAGUGUUCACCAGUAAAUUCCAUAUUUUGAAUACAUACGACUGGAAUGACACAAUGGAAAUGACCGUCAUCGGACUGAGGUAGAAAUCUGCUUCCAAUGUGAAUAUGUUAGAGCAGUAGCUAGAAGAGAGAUUAGAAUCAGUCCAGGAAACUCCAUUAAUUUCCCCAUGCAGUUGAAGUAGUUCACAUACAUUGCUUAAAACGAACUACGUUUUACACAACCUCAAUACCUUCUACUCAGUUAGAUGAAGGACUUCAUAGCAUUCCAUUUAUGAACACAAAACAUGCAUUUGCCUUUGCUUUAUUUACAGCGACAAUGGAAACUCAACCAAUAGUUCCCUUACCAGGACCAUCCCUGUUCAAUUUGCAGUUGACCUGGUAGCAAAAGCGUAAGUAUUUAUAGGCCUAUACUUGACAUUUUGUUUGAGAAUGACUGCAUCAAGUUAAUUUAAUAAAAUCAAGGUGACUUAUAUAUAUAUACUUUUUUUUUUAAGCCUUCCUCAAGACUCCAUCACUUACAUUAACUUUACUCUGGAGAAUAAAUUACCCAAAACACUGGUGAAUGUAUAUGAGGUAAACAAACAAUCAACUGCUAUUGCUGUGACUGAUCUUAAAAGUGUGAUUCACACAUGUGGGGGUAAUGUGCUAGAUCUUUUUAUACUCCAAAAACAACAAAAAAAUAACUACACUGUCGCACUAGGCUUGCUCUUUUAGGAGUUAAGGUCUAUGUUUUGUUACACAUUCUGUGACAAAUGCCUUUGUAUAAAAUCUUUAUACAAAUAUUAUUGUUAGAUUGGUCGAAUGAUUAAAUGUCCCACUGUUUACAGGUGCAGAACCUGGGUUUUAAGUCUGUACCCGUCACAGUCGCAUUCACUUUCCCAACUAAGCUUGAGCACAAAUUUGAAAUGAAGGACUACCAAAUAUCUGUCUUACAGGUAAACUGUUCACAUUGCUUAUGAAAAUGCUGACACAUUACUGCCACAAUUUCUUUCAAUAGGAAACAGCCUAAUACAAGUUUCCUUUCUUUUCUUUGAAGAACCAUACUCAAUGUGGAAAGGUUAUCAAUUCAACAACAGAGGUGAGUAUUCAAAUAUACCACUCACUCUUGACAUUGUUGGUAACCUAUCCAAUCAGGUUACAACUCAGUAUAGUAAUCAUGUUACUGAAACACACAUUUUGCUUCUGGCUGUGUUUACAGUACUGCUCUCCAGAAAAAUACUGCAAGUCCAUCGAGUGUGAAAGUUUCCUUUUGGAGAAGUUUUCGACAGUUACAUUUGUGCUGUCUGGAAAUGUAGCCUUCAAGGACCUUGAACAACAUGCAAGGGUCUGUAUCAAGACAAGUUUAACAAAUUAUGGUGCAGAGUAACAACAUGCUAAUAAUUCUACUAACAAUAUCUCACUCUAAAGAGCAUGCCAUUGCCAAAGAAAUACACUGGGGAUAGAGAAACAGUCAAUUUCAGCAGUUUUGUCAAACUCAGCUAUGACAAAAAGCGAUACAUCCAGACAGCGAGUGAGACAGAGGUAAGUCUCCUGUACAAAAUCUCUCCAACAAAGAACAAAAUAUUUAUCCAGAAAAGAUUCACAAAAGCAUCUUCAAUUUAUUAUAUGCUCCUUUGCUUUUCAGGAUAAAGGGGACUCUACGAGCUUCCACCAAACUCAGGUUAUUCCGUUUGUGGAAUUAAACUGAUUUACAGUAUGAGAUGUAAAAAAAAAACAGAUCCUUGUUCCAUCACUAAACAAUCAUGGUCUCAAAAUGUAUUCCUCCAGAUUGAUGUUCAGGCUGAGAUCAUCAUUCCUCCACAUAGACAGCUGAUAAUAGGGACAGGAGUUGGAGUAGGAAUCUUUCUCCUGAUCAUCGUCACAGUGGCCAUGUAUAUGGUGAGUACCAAUGCUGCGACAGACACUUUGCUUCUGCACUGUAAAGGACCAACACUUUGAUUGUUGAACUGUUCAACAUUGUUUUUCCCUUUCCUUUCUUCUCAGAUGGGAUGCUUCAAGAGAAAAACGCUUGUUGAUAAUGAAGGGGAAUAGAGUGAGCAAGAUGACGCUGCUCAGCCUAACAACAUCUGUGCUAACAUAUCAGAGAAGCAGCCACAGCCUGAGAGAGAGCCUGAGAGUGGAGCAGUGGAGUCAAAACCUCUCCUUGACGACAGUCAGACAGAAAACAAUGGCUUCCCAACUAGCAGUGAGGCGGUAGGGGAGGGACCAAAAGAGAAACAGGAUGUGUCAGAGUCAGAAGCAGGCUAAAGGAGUAGUAGUCUAAAACCUGUAUUUAUGGAAAAUAUGUUUGAAAAGGGUAUUUUGUUCUUAAAUGAUAUUGUAAAUUGGAAUUGACAAUUAUGUCUUUCAUUGAGUUAUCAGAAUUGUAUGGGAAGGUCUGCUCAAUCCAAGAUUACAACCAAUUGAUUACAGCAUUAUCCCCAAAAUGGAGGAGUUAGGUGGCGGUGGGAGGAGGUAGGGAACUGGUCUGUCUGCCCAAUAUAAAGGAUCCAAACUGGCGGAGGAAUAAAAAUAGCAUAAAUAGGAAAGUAUACCAGUUUCAUUUGAGGACCAGGAAGUUGACAGCUGUGCCAUACAGAUUGCUAAAUAGUUGGGAAGAUGUUUUUUAAUGUACCGAUUCCAUGGUACAGGGUGUAUGAGUUGAUAUAUAAAACGACGCAAGAUUCAAGACUUUGUGCUUUUCAGCUAAAAUUAUUGUACAGAAUUCUUGCCAACAACAAAACGUUGAAUAUUUGGGGCGUACAAUCAUCGCAGCUCUGCAGAUUUUGUUGUGAGAGUACAGAAUCAUUAGACCAUUUGUUUUGGUAUUGCCCUCAGGUAGCCUGUUUCUGGUCUCAGGUUCAGGAAUGGCUGAAAAUUGAAUUAUUUUAUUUCAACUUAUUGUAUGGAAGCUUGUGGAAGGCUACCCGAAAUGUUCCCAAGUUAAACAAUUUAAAGGCAAUGCUACCAAAUACUAAUUGAGUGUAUGUAAACUUCUGACCCACUGGGAAUGUGAUGAAAGAAAUAAAAGCUGAAAUAAAUAGUUCUCUCUACUAUUAUUCUGACAUUUCACAUUCUUAAAAUAAAGUGGUGAUCCUAACUGACCUAAGACAGGGAAUUUUUAUUAGGAUUAAAUGUCAGGAAUUGUGAAAAACUGAGUUUAAAUGUAUUUGGCUAAGGUGUAUGUAAACUUCCGACUUCAACUGUAGGUGCGCACCUUAUGUUGCUCCCUUAUGCGCAUUGAAUACAUUUAAUUAAACCGCCGAAAACCCUCCCACUUGUUGGCCAACAGAUUUUCUCAUGGAGUUUUCAUUCAAUAGGGUUUUCAGUACAUUUAUCUAAUGUAAAUAUUAUCCAAUAUUUAAUGGAUUGAACUACUGAAUGGCAACUGAACCAUGCACCAGGCUCCCAAAUUAUUGCACCACAUCUUGGCUGGGUGAGGGUGGAGGAUCACUUCUUUGUUUUCUUUUUCUGUUUGGCUGGAUUUGUUAUUACUUGAACUUUGAGAUGAUCAAAAUGAUCAAUACUUUGUAGUUAUGUGCCUUUGUAAUGUCUUUUUCCAAGUGGAAAAAAUAAGAAACUACCACCACACUGCCUAGAUCAGGCCCCCACUCUAAACUUCAUUGCCGGACAAGAAGGGCACUUCUUAGGGAAGCUACUGUGAGGCCAACUGACACUGAAUGAGUUACAUUAGUCAGUGGCUGCAAUGGAUGAUGAUGUUCAUGUAUCAACGAUCUCCAAGGCAUUCCACAAAAAGUGUCUUUAUGGGAGAGUGGCAAGGAAGAAGCCCUGGCUGAAGAAAAUCCUUGCCCGCAAAGAGUUCGCAAAACGUCACCUAGAAGAUACUGCAGUUGUGGCAGAAUGUCUGGUGAUCUGAUGACUAAAUGUGGAACUUUUUGGCCUGAACACUAAGCGGUAUGUGUGGCUUUUCAGCAGCAGGGACUGGCAAUAUUGUCAGGAUUGAUGGGAGGAUGAAUGGCCACAGUACAUAGAAAUCCUGGAUUAAAACUUGCACCCCUCUGCCAAAAAACUCAAACUGUGGAAGAAGUUUGUUUUUCAACAGGACAAUGAUCCAAAGCACACUGCCAGAGCAACAGUGGAGUAUCUUAAAAUGAUGAAAAUAGAUGUCCUUGGGUGGCCCAGUCAGACUGCUGACCUUAAUCCCAUCUAAAAUCUGUGGAAAGACCUCAAAAUUGCAGUCCACUGUUCCACAACUAACUUCACACAGCUUGGGGCAUUUUGCAAGGAGGAAUGGGCAAAUAUUGCUCCAUCACAGUGUGCAAAGUUAGUUAUCCGAAAAGACUACUGGCGGUAAUAGCUGCCAGAGGUGGUUCAACCAAGUAUUGACCUAGGGGGAUUAAUUUAAAAAUGAACUGGAAUUUCAUAAAAUAAAUACAUUGUUUACUAUUUUCUUUUGUGGGGGGAACUCUGAAGAAGAAUGUGACUCACAAUAAAAAUUCCCAAUCUAAUGCAUCAAAAUCCCAGGCUGUGAGACGGGAUGGGCCGAAUAUUUUUCAAGGCACUGUAAGUAAAACAUUCUAAAGUGCAUACAUCAACUCGGCUGGUUCAGCCCUACAGAAACCUAAUGCCCGAUGUCCACCAGAUGCAUAUGCGUUUUGUUUUACCGGAUGUUUAGUCCGCAUUUUCCAUACUUGACGCACGUGCUUCGCUUUUCAACUAAAAGCUAGCUAGUUGAAGUCUGUGUUUGCACUUCCGUUUGCAACGCACGAGGUGAAAAUAUUGAACGCAUGCGGUACACAGAACGCACCGCAGCCUAGUGUGACACCCCCAACGUAGCGUUGCGGACUGCUCCAUUGACAAUUAAUGACUUCUGUCAGAAUCCAAAGAGUUUGAUGCAUCUGGUGGACAUGAGGCAUAAAGCUUGGGUCUCUUAAUUUAAUCUAUGCAAAUAAGGGCACACAAUUACAAUUCUGAAUAAUGGCAGAGCUAUUUAUUGUAGAAAAGGGGCCGCAAUACAUGUCAUGUUGACAUGAUUUUCAGUUUGCUUCCAAAUGACUGAUUUCACAUUAGUCUCCAGUGAUCAUAGGGAAAAAUAAUCUAAAACAAUUGCUAUGUGUAUUUACAAUCCCCUUCUCCAAGCUGAUUACUCACUAACCUAGCUCUUAUCAAUUUAUCAAUUACAGUGCAUGGAGAACGCUGUUAUUUCUAUUGAAAAUAAUCAAGUAUAUUAAUUUUCCACUCAGGUUCGCUCAACCUUAUACAUGUUUCCUCAUGCGUAAAGGCGGUGGCAUUAAGUCAAGGUCAGAUAUGGCGUAUCUUUAUACACACCUCCACACCUUUAUUUCUUAGAUCUCCACCCCGAACGAAUAGCAGGUGAAUAGCAUGCUGUUCUCAUGCUUAAAUUAAAGGUCAGAAUAGACAAGACAAAAGUGUAUAAAAAAGGGAAUUAUGAGCGCUUACCUCGAGUCGGAUUCGGCCCCAGAGAGAAUAACUGCUAAAUGAAUUAAUAUAGUCCGACCUGACCACAGAAGCAGGAAAAUCACUCAAUGUGUGAUUACGUCUGAAAGACUUUUUCAAAAAUGUAUAUAUAUAUAUAUAUAUCUAAUCUAUAUCUAUAUCAUGGACAUUGUUCGAUAAAACAUGACCAAAGUCAUUCAAUAUUAUACAUACUAUACUGUUUCUAUGUUCAUGUCAUAGUAAGCAUUUGUCCUUGUAUGAUUGAUGUAAUGUUCUUGCUAGAGAAAUGUACAUUGGCAAAAAGGUAAAUUAUUUGCUGUUUCAAGUUAUUAUUAUUUAUUAUAAGUUAUAUAUACAUUGCUGUAGAACGCAAAGGCUAUUUGUAUAAGCUGUGGGUUAACAAGUAGGGAAAUAAGCAAAAGGUAAUCAUGAUUCCAACAUGUUCGGUUUGUACAGUCAACCAAAAUAAAUGAUCAAUGUUGAAUGCUUGUGUUGUACAAAACACAUUCAUUGUAUACUUAUGAGCACUGAAUAAAUACAAUUAGGUUGAUUGAUUGACUCAGGUUUGCCAAAAAGAACCUGGAAGAUCAUCAAGAAUCUUGGAAGAAUAUUCAAUUGACAGAUUAGUCAACUUUUUGGACGACAUGGAUCCCAUUAUGCCUGGCGAAAACCAAACCCGCAUUCCCCAGUAAGAAGCUUACACCAACGGUCAAGCAUGGUGGUGGUAGUGUGAUGGUUUGGGGAUGCUUUGCUGCCUCAGGACCUGGAUGACUUGCCUUAAUAGAAGGAACCAUGAAUUCUGCUCAGUAUCAGAAUUCUACAGGAGAAUGUCAGGCCAUCCAUCUGUGAGCUGAAGCGCAGCUGUGUCAUGCAGCAAGACAUUUCCAAAACACGCAAUCAAGUCUACAUGAAAAUGGCUAAAAAACAACACAUUUGAAGUUUUGGAAUGGCCUAGUCAAAGUCCAGAUCUAAUCCCAUUUGAUAUGUUGUGGCAGGACUUGAAAUGAGCAGUUCAUGCUUAAAAACCCACAAAUGUCGCUAAAUUAAUGCAGUUCUGCAUGGAAGAGUGGGCCAAAAUUCCUCCACAGCGACGUGAGAGACUGCUCAAUAACUACAGGAAGCGUUUGGUUGGAGUCAUUGCAGCUAAAGGUGAAACAAACCAGUUAGAGUGUAAGGGGCAAUUAUUUUUUCACACAGGGGCAUUGGGUGUUGCAUAACUUUAUGAAAUAAGUAUGUAAAUCUAUUAUUUAUUCACUCAGGUUCCUUUUAUCUAAUAUUAGGUUUUGGUUGAAGUUCCGAUACAGUGCCUUCGGAAAGUAUUCAGACCCCUGGACUUUUUCCACUUUGAUAUGUUACAGCCUUAUUCUAAAAUAGAUUAAAUAAAUACAAAUCCUCAGCAAUCUACACACAAUACCCCAUAAUGACAAAGCGAAAACAGAAAUACCUUAUUUACUUAAGUAUUCAGACCCUUUGCUAUGAGACUAAAAAUUGAGCUCAGGUGCAUCCUGUUUCCAUUGAUCAUCCUUGAGAUGUUUCUACAACUUGGAUUCCACCGGUGGUAAAUUCAAUUGAUUGGACAUGAUUUGGAAAGGCACACACCUGUCUAUAUAAAGGUCCCACAGUUGACAGUGCAAAAACUUAACCAUGAGGUCGAAGGAAUUGUCCAAAGAGGUCCGAGACAGGAUUGCAGAAGGACAACCAUCUCUGCAGCACUCCACCAAUCAGGCCUUUAUGGUAGAGGCCAGACUGAAGCCACUCCUCAGUAAAAGGCACAUGACAGCCAGCUUGGAAUUUGCCAAAAGGCACCUAAAGACUCUCAGACCAUGAGAAACAAGAUUCUCUGGUCUGACGAAACGAAGAUUGAACUCUUUGCCCUGAAUGCAAAGCAUCACUUCUAGAGGAAACCUGGCACCAUCCCUACGGUGAGGCAUGGUGGUGGCAGCAUCAUGCUGUGGGGAUGUUUUUCAGUUGCAGGGACUGGGAGACUAGUCAGGAUCGAGGCAAAGAUGAACGGAGCAAAGUACAGCGAGAUCCUUGAUGAAAACCUGCUCCAGAGCGCUCAGGACCUCAGACUGGGGGCAAAGGUUCACCUUCCAACGGACAACGACCCUAAGCAUACAGCCAAGACAGCGCAGGAGUGGCUUCGGGACAAGUCUCUGAAUGUCCUUGAGUGGCCCAGCCAGAGCCUGGACAUGAACCCGAUCUAACAUCUCUGGAGACCUGAAAAUAGCUGUGCAGCAACGCUCCCCAUCCAACCUGACAGAGCUUGAGAGGAUCUGCAGAGAAGAAUGGGAGAAACUCCCCAUAUACAGGUGUGCCAAGCUUGUAGCAUCAUACCCAAGAAGACCCAAAGCUGUAAUCGCUGCCAAAGGUGCUUCAACAAAGUACUGAGUAAAGGGUCUGAAUACUUAUGUAAAUAUCAUAUUUCAGUUUUAGCAACAUUUUCUAAAAUGCUAUUUUUGCUUUGUCAUUAUGGGGUAGUGUGCAGAUUGGGGAGGAAAAAACAAUUUAAUCAAUUUUAGAAUAAGGCUGUCACCUAACAAAAUGUGGAAAAAGUCAAGGGGUCUGAAUACUUUCCGAAGGCACUAACAUUCAGUAUAAAAAAUAUGCAGAAGUAGAGGAAAUUAGAACGGGUUGGCAAAAACUUUUUUCACAGCACUGUACCUUACUAUAAGGAGGGAGAAGCACUACAUUCACAUAGAGCAGAACUGGUGUGGCAUUAGUUUAAAUAAUUACAUUUUCCACAUGGUAAUAAGAAUCAGUUGAGUGUAAUAACCCACUGUUCACUCAAAUAAGAGGAAAUUUAGUCGGCAGGAGUGGAGGAAGAGGGCAACGGUUAAUUGUUACUAGUUAACUGACUAAGUGUUCCAAAAGGUUACUUUCUGCUUGAAUAAAAUGAAAUAAAACAAUUUGAUUUUUGAACCUUAAUGUACAUGAUUGAUGAUAUAUUAUGUAAAAUAACAUCAACAUUUGUGAGCUGUAUGCCUCAUCUAAGAAAAUCCCUAAAACAAUUCACACAGAGACAGACUAGGCUGACUAUUCAUCAGUAACAUUAGCUGAUACUAAGUAAUGAUAUCAAUAUGAGUAACACUUUAUCAAAUUGAGUUAAGGAGGGUUUUGUGUGUGCGCGCGCAAUGGUUUCCUGCAUUUUAUACAAUCAUUUUGCAAUGAAUUGCUGUUCUGAUCUGUUAGCGGGAAAAUACACUAGAGCAAAAGCAUUCAUAUGAAGGCUAAGUGUUUGUGUAAGUCUUUGGGUGCGUAGUCCAUUGACAAUAUGAGCCAUAUUCCAAAUGCAGUUACUGUCCGAAGGGAGAUGAUGUGGGGUCAAAUGUCUUAAAAAGGUCUUUCAGUGUUUUUUUGUCACUUAAGUUCCCACUUUUGCUCCUCAUUUGUCCAGACAGUCGCUUUGGUUGUACAUCAGUGUGAGGUGGAGUCAUCCGUACCAUCGCUUGGAUUGGUAGGUUGUGAACGCCGGGGGUAUCCACCUGGACCUGACUCCUACCUGAAUUCCUGGAGGGAAUGAGAUGCUCUCCUGCAGCCUCCUGGGAGUUGGAGUCCUGUGGGGAACGCUGUGGCCUGAGUCCAACAGCAGGACCUGAUGUUCUUUCAGUAGAGGGGGAGGCCAGAGGGACAGACGGCUGGUGAUUGAGCGAGAGGGAGAUGGGAGGAAGAGGGGCAAGGUCUUCAAGGGACCACACCACGUCCUGGGCCAAGGCGGACCGUGGCAGGGUGAUGUCCACCUGGUGAUGGUGGUGAGGGUCACCGAGUGUCACGUAAGGUACUAACGGUUCUAAUGGAUUUACCAACAGCUCAUCUCUCAGAUCGCACUCCUCCGGCUCACUCUCCAUCUCAUCAACCUCCUCCUCCACUUCCUGGCUCUGCUGUCCUGUAGAAGUAGAUCCUCUGGUGAUUUGGUCCUCAUCACUGGAACACAGGACAUCGCCUCCUGA